CAGACGCUUAACCAUCUGAGCCACCCAGGCGCCCGGCAUUACCUCUUUAGAUAAGAGAUCAGUACAGUCCCCAGAGAGGAGGGAGGUAGCCGGAGCACCCUGAAGCUAGGGACUAGUUCUCGAUAGGAUUAGAAAUACUUCAACAAAUUUCUCUAAUCCAUACAACCGUACUGGUGCAUAUCUACUGAAUGUGAGCCCCAGAUAGGAACUUCCUGAGAUGGCCUUAUUCUCUUUUGGUUUGUUGGAGCCAUAGGGACCUUACUAGAAUGUGAGCUACAGAACAGCAGAGGCAGGUCUCUAGUUCAGUGCUGCAUCCCUAGGGCUUAGAACAGUACCUGGAGGAUUGGAGGAGGCUCAAUAAAUGUUUCUCAAAUGAAUAGGCAUACUGGGAACCCAAAGUCCAUUCUUGGGGUCCUUUCACUCUUCAUCUCCUUGCACGUGCUCUCCCCCUCAAAUCCAUGCUCCACACCAGCCCUCAUUACAACCUAAUAUGAGAAUUGGAUUCUGUCAUUCUCCUGCACAAGAUAUUUGAUGCCUUUCCUCUGCACAAAAUACCAUUCUUCCCAGUGUUAUUAGCAAUUGAAUUGCUACUUCUUCAAAGUCCCGAUCAGAUUUUGCCUAUUUCUGUAUUACUUUCUGAGGCAGAAUUAAUCUCUCUCCACUGAAUAUUGUGAUAGUGUUUGCCCUCACUCACUAGACAGUAAGCUCCUUAGGACAGGGACUGUGUCUUAUUCAUUUCUGUACCUUUAGCCCAUAGCCCAGUGCUGGACAUAGUAGAUGCUAAAUAAAUAUUUGUUAAAUAUAAGAGUGAGUGGUAUUCCCAGCAGUGAGAACUAGAUGAACAAAGGUGGUCAAAGGUCUGGGGGGAAAAAUGAAUAGUUUAAUUUGGCUGGAGUAUGAGGGAGAAUAGUAGGAGAUAAAAUGGAACGGUUUCUUGGGUAAGAUUUUGAAGGGCUUGAAAGUCAACUGCAGGAAGAAGAUGGGCAGAUGGAAGCCAAUGAAGGUUUUUGAGCAGAGGUGUAAUGUGAAAAAUAAAUUUAGUUUAAAGCCAUCACAGUCCCUCUCUUACAUAUACUCAGUUUUUCAUUUAUACUCAGAUUCACCUCCCACCUAUCUCUCUGUCCACCCACUCCCAGGCUUCCCCAACAGCUUGUCCUACCCCUUUAUCUGCUCCCUGGCUAGGCCAGGGAUAUAUCCAUGGGCUGCUUCCCCUCUCAGCCAGAGGCUGUGGGGCCCCCAACUCCCUGUCUUUCCCCUUCUCUUCCUGGGGCUGGGAAGCAGGCCAGGGUUAGCUGAGGCUGGCUGGUGAGCAGCUGGGCAGUGCCAGGGAGAGCCUGUGUAGUGCCAGGUGGUGCCUUGGGUUCCAGGCUGAGCCUGUGACCCCGAUAACCUCCUGCCUGUGCACACACCUGCCUCUCACACCACCCCCAUCCAGGCUUUGGUAUCGGGGAAGGGGCACAGGGCCAGGCAGACCCACAGGACUUUGGCUCCAUCUCUACAAAAGGGCCCUCUGUGAGUCAGCCUGCUCCCCUCCAGGCUUGCUCCUCCCCACCCAGCUCCUGUUUCCGAUGCACGUACAGCCCGUACACACCGUGUCUGGGACACCCCGCAGUCAGCCACAUGGCUCCCCUGUGCCCCAGUCCCCGGCUCCCUCUGUCGAUCCCAGCCCCUUCUCCGGGCCCUGCCGUGCAGCUGCUGCUGGUACUGCUGCUCCUGGUGCCUGCCCAUCCCCAGAGCCUGUCCCGGAUGCAGGGGUCGGCCGGGCUGGGAGGAGAUUCAUCUGGGGAAGAUGAUCAGCUGGAUGAGGAAAACCUACCCAGUGAAGAGGACCCACCAGGAGAGGAGGACCCACCUGGAGAGGAGGAUCCAUCUGGAAUGAAGACUGAACCAGGAAAAGAGGACUCUCUGAAGUUAGAGGAUUUGCCUACUGUUCAGGCACCCAGGGACCCCCCCGACUCCCAGAAUAAUGCCCACAGGCACAACAAAGGGGAUGACCACGGUCAUUGGCGCUAUGGAGGUGAGACACCCACGCCCUGCACACCCAACCUGGUCACCCUGCUCUGCUGCUGUGAGCCCCCAGCCAUCCCGAACUCUGCUCCUGGGCGUCCCACCCACUGCAUCCUUGUCUGCCAGUCCCCGCACCGACGGCUCCCUGUCUCUGUCCACAACCCUGAUUUCUAUUUCCCGCCCUAUGCCUUCUCACUCCACCCCCUCACUUUUUCCUUUUUUUUUGUUGGCCCUCUGGGCUCAGCUGCCUCUUCCCUCGCAGUGCAGCUGAUUCUGCCUCCGGGGCUGGAGAUGGCCCUGGGCCCCGGGCAGGAGUACCGGGCCCUGCAGUUGCAUCUGCACUGGGGGGCUGCGGGUCGCCCGGGCUCGGAGCACACGGUUGACGGUCACCGUUUCCCAGCCGAGAUCCAUGUGGUUCACCUCAGCACUGCAUUUGCCAAAGUUGAUGAGGCCUUGGGACGUCCGGGGGGGCUGGCCGUGUUGGCCGCUUUUCUUCAGGAGGGCCCAGAAGAAAACAGUGCCUAUGAGCAGCUGCUGUCACAUUUGGAAGAAAUCACUGAGGAAGACUCAGAGACUUGGGUCCCAGGACUGGACGUAUCUGCACUGCUGCCUGCUGACCUCAGCCGCUACUUCCGCUACGAGGGGUCUCUAACCACACCCCCCUGUGCCCAGGGGGUCAUCUGGACUGUGUUCAACCAGACAGUGAGGCUGAGCGCUAAGCAGCUCCACACCCUCUCUGGCUCCCUGUGGGGACCUGAUGACUCUCGGCUACAGCUGAACUUCCGAGCCACGCAGCCUUUGAAUGGACGAAUGAUCGAGGCCUCCUUCCCCACUGAAGUGGAGAGCAGCCCCAGGACUGUUGAGCCAGUCCACCUGAAUUCCUGCCUUGCUGCUGGUGACAUCCUGGCCCUGGUUUUUGGCCUCCUCUUUGCAGUCACCAGCAUUGCCUUCCUUGUGCAAAUGAGAAGGCAGCAAAGACUCCGAAGUGGGACCAAAGGGAACGUUAGCUACCACCCAGCAGAGGUCACGGAGACUGUUGCCUAGAGGCCUUGGAACUGGGAGAAUGUGCAGAGAAGCCAGCCAGAAGAAUCUGAGGGCGAGCGGGAGAUUUUGUCCUGUCCUACCCUUUAUACCACUUCCUUUUUUAGGUCCAAAUAUUUUUUUAAAUAAAUGUUUCUAAUAAAAUAUGUGGAAGGCAGCUUUGUUCCCCAAA